UAAUUUAUACUUUAACAUUCUACUUGGGCCUUGGAAGGGCAACUGUGAUGAUUGAAAGGCCACGCCAAGCCAAGCCUUCUCUCUCCGUUCCAUCAGAUAAAGACAGAACGGCGGAUAAGGCAAAACUCCAUUAGAGAACAGAAGAAAAAGAAAAGCUCUUUCAAUACAAGAGAAGAGUAUUGGGCCUUUUUUCUUUUUUCUUGUUUUGGGUGGUAGAAUAGUUGGAGAAAAUGGAUUCAAUCGUUUCCAUAACGCGAACCCCAGAUGGGUUUUGCUCAUUUCACAAACCAGUUUCGGAGAAUGGUAGCCAUGUAUGCAAUGGUACUAAGAAAAAUUACUGUAUUGGGGUUUCAGUGUGCUGCAAAACUCGGGUUCUAGCUCUGUCUCACAACGUUGAGUGUAAGAUAAAUGAGGGUUAUCGUAAACAUAGGAGAAACCCUGUUCUUGCUCUCUCCAAGAUUGAAACUUUAAUUAGCUCCAAUGCUAAUAAGUUGCCGAAAGUUAAGAAUUCUAUUAAUUUUGAGGAAUUCGAUGGUAACAAUCAGCUCCGUCGAUUUGUUAGACAUGGGAAAUUGGAUGCAGGGCUAAGUGUUAUUGAGGCAAUGGUCAAUCGCGGAGAUCAUCCUGAUAUUAUAGCCUGUACGAGUUUAAUUCGAGGGUUUUGUAAGAGUGGAAAGACUAGAAAGGCUACUCAGAUCAUAAACAUGUUAGAGAAUUCUGGGGCUGUUCUUGAUGUUAUAACUUACAAUGUUCUGAUCAGUGGGUAUUGCAAAUCUGGAGAGAUUGAUAAUGCUUUAAAGGUUUUGAACCGAAUGAGUGUUGAUCCUGAUGUUGUUACAUACAAUACCAUUUUGCGUACUCUUUGUGAUAGUGGGAAAUUGAAAGAAGCCAUGAAAGUACUUGAUUUGUGGGAGCUGAGAAAGGAUUGUUAUCCAGAUGUGUUUACAUACACCAUAUUGAUUGAGGCAACUUGUAAAGAGAGUGGGGUUGAACAGGCAAUGAAGCUGUUAGAUGAGAUGAGGAUUAGAGGUUGCAAACCCGACGUGGUAACUUACAAUGUUCUUAUUAAUGGGAUGUGCAAGGAAGGGAAAUUGGGUGAGGCAAUCAAAUUCUUAAAUAGCAUGGCAUCAGAUUAUGGCUGCCAACCAAAUGUAAUUACUCAUAAUAUUAUUCUGCGUAGCAUGUGUAGCACAGGGAGGUGGAUGGAUGCCGAAAAUCUGUUAGUUGAGAUGGUUAGAAAAGGUUGUUCUCCUAGUGUUGUUACUUUCAAUAUCUUGAUUAAUUUCUUGUGCAGGAAAGGUUUACUAGGUCGAGCAAUUGACAUCUUGGAGAAGAUGCCUAAGCAUGGUUGUACACCUAAUUCCUUGAGCUACAACCCAUUGCUUCAUGGGUUUUGCAAAGAGAAGAAGAUGGAUAGGGCAAUUGAGUACUUGGACAUAAUGGUGGGCAGGGGGUGUUACCCUGAUAUUGUUACCUAUAACACUUUGCUCACAGCAUUAUGCAAAGAUGGGAAUGUUGAUGUUGCUGUGGAGAUACUUAAUCAACUGAGUAGCAAGGGAUGCUCACCUGUUCUGAUCACCUACAAUACUGUAAUUGAUGGGCUGUCCAAAGUGGGGAAAACGGAUCGUGCUAUUGAACUAUUGGAUGAGAUGCAGAGGAAAGGUCUCAAGCCUGAUAUCAUUACAUACUCUUCACUUGUUGGAGGGCUUAUCAGGGAAGGGAAAGUUGACGAAGCUAUAAAGCUUUUCCAUGAGUUACAAGGACUUGGAAUAAAGCCUAAUGCAAUCACCUUCAACUCUAUCAUGUUGGGACUUUGUAAGACUAGGCAAACCAGUCGUGCCAUCGAUUUUCUGGAUCAUAUGGUAUCCAAAGGAUGUAAACCCACUGAAGUGACAUAUACCAUUCUCAUUGAAGGUCUAGCUUAUGAAGGAUUUGCAACUGAGGCUUUGGAGUUGUUAACUGAGUUAUGCACUAGAGGUGUUGUGAAGAAAAGUUCUGCAGAUCAAGUGGCAAUAAGGAUGUAGUUCAUUCUCAUCUCUUUAUUCUCACCAAAACUAAACAAGAGUACAAUAAUAUGUGUUGGUUACAGUCUUUUAGUUUUAUUUAUGAGAGUGGGAAAUCAAUUUUGUUAGUGAUGUAGCUCUAGUGAGAUAACUCCUUGUACUUUUUUCAUUAUUAUGGCAAGUAUAGAAGUGAAACUUUUAGUUUUUAGUCAA